GCCAGCCAGGCCCUCCUGCCCAACUAGACGGGCUCAUUUGACGAACGGGUUGUUGUCCCACCCACCCAUCCAUCCAUCCAUCCAUCGACUCACACCCUCCACUCACGGGCUCAGGACUGACUUGCAUCGCGCCCCUCAUCGCUCUAACCCGCCCCGGCCAGCCCACCAGCCCGCCAGCCCGCUUCCUCGCCCCCGUGCCACCUGUGAUUGACUGACUGAGGGGUGGACGGACGGCUCGCCAGCAGAAACGCCCAGUCCGGGUGGCCCAAGUGUGCAUCCACCUCGACCCCGCCCAGCGGUGCCCGGCCUCAGAGGCGGGCCAUGGCCUAUCGCGGGGCUCCGGGCCAGGGCUGACCCGCACUCCGGCGUUGGCGAUGUUGUCAGGCGGGGCCACCCAGUGUUUCCUGCCCGGGGCGGGGCGAAGACUGGGCCUGGGAUUGGGGCGUGGGUGUGUCGGCCGCACUCGAUCCCUCUGAACCUUUCUGGCCCUGGACCGUAUUGGUGCAGAUAUUAGCCGGGCCGCUCGUGCCCGCCGCCUUCGUGUCCACCCCCCUCAGACGAACGUGGGCUUCCCGACCCACCCGUGAGGGCGGUCUCUGGCCCGCCCCUCCCACCUCCGGGUCCGCUGGACCCUAGUCUACCUGGGCCUGCACCCCCCUUAGCCCGCCUGCGGUCCGGCUCCCGUCCGGCUCCCGUCCGGCUCCCGUCCGGCUCCCGUCCGGCUCCCAGCAUGUCGUCCCAAAGCGGGCACCCGCAUCAUUUGCCCUUGGGCAAGCGGGGCAGUGUCGUGGACGACGAUCGGCAACGGCGUUUGCGCAUGGUGGAACACAAGCUCCAGGAUCCGCGCUCCAUCAUCAAUGUGGAUUGCUUGCUCGACGCCGUCCAAUCCUUGGUCCUGGACUGCGAUCAUCCAGCCCUCCGCAAGAUCAAGAACAUUGACGCCUUUGUUAGUCGAUACAAUAAAAUAUGCCAAGCCGUGGCCGACUUGCGGAUGAAAUCCACGGAUUUCAAUCUCAUCAAAGUGAUUGGCCGCGGCGCUUUUGGCGAAGUCCAAUUGGUGCGCCAUAAAUCCACCCGCAAAGUCUACGCCAUGAAGUUGUUAAGUAAAUACGAAAUGAUCAAACGCAGUGAUAGCGCCUUCUUCUGGGAAGAGCGCGACAUCAUGGCCCACGCCAACUCCCAAUGGCUCGUCCAGCUCCACUUUGCAUUCCAAGACAAUAAGUACCUGUACAUGGUCAUGGACUAUAUGCCGGGCGGCGAUCUGGUCAACCUCAUGUCCAACUACGACGUGCCCGAAGACUGGGCCCGGUUCUACACGGCCGAGGUGGUCCUGGCCCUCGAGGCCAUUCACAGCAUGGGCUUUAUACAUCGGGAUGUCAAGCCCGACAACAUGCUUUUGGACGCCAGUGGGCACCUCAAAUUGGCCGAUUUUGGCACGUGCAUGAAAAUGGACGCCGACGGAAUGGUGCGCUCGGAAACGGCCGUGGGCACGCCGGACUAUAUUUCGCCUGAAGUACUUCGUUCUCAGGGCGGAGAAGGCGGCGAAGGCGAGUACGGUCGGGAGUGUGAUUGGUGGUCCGUGGGCGUGGUCUUGUACGAAAUGGUCUUUGGCGAGACGCCCUUCUACGCUGAAUCCUUGGUGGGCACCUACGGCAAGAUCAUGGACCAUAAAAACGCCCUCGAGUUCCCCGGAGACGUCGAAGUCAGCUCGAGUGCCGAGGGCAUCAUGCGGGGCUUUCUCACCGACAGGCGAUCUCGCUUGGGUUUCAAAGGAGCCGAAGAGGUGAAGAAGCACCCGUUCUUCAAGAACGACCAAUGGAACUUCAACACGAUUCGCCAUGCCGUGCCGCCCAUCGUCCACGAUCUCUCGGGCGACGACGACACGCGCAAUUUCGAUGAUGUCGAGAACGAGGCGCCCAUCGAGAACUUCCCCACACCCAAGGCAUUUGCCGGCAAUCACUUGCCCUUUGUCGGAUUCACCUACUCCAAGGACUACCAACUCCUCACGGGUCACGAUGAGAAAAUGCCCCCGCCCAUUCCUGACCGGAGUGCCCGCUCUUCGGUCAAUCUGGGCGCUGAGGCCUCGGUGCUGACCGAUCAAUUGAUCCGGGAACGCGAGCGUAACGAGGAGGUCAACAAUCGUCUGAACAAGCAGUCCAAGGAGUUGAACGAGGCCAAUCAACGCGAAAACGAGCUCCGGAGCGAGGUGGGCAAGCGCGAGAAGGACAUUGCCCUCAUCAAGCACGAGCUCAAGGAGAUCCAGCGGAAGGCCGACCAGGAUCAGGAGGCCCGCAAGAAGGCCGAGAUGGAGCGGAGCGAGAUGCGCAAAAAGUUCGAGGACGAAUGCAACAAGCGCACACGCGAGCAGAACAACAAUCAUCACGUGGCCGAGAAGAUCUCGGCCUUGGAAAAGGAGAAACGCGAAGUCAGCGACAAGUUCAAGAAGGAGCAAGAAAACAUGGACAAGCUGAAGAAGAUCAACACCGAGCUGUCCGUGGCCAAGGCCGCGGCCCAGUCCGCCGUGUCCGACUUGAACGACAAGAUCGCGUCGCUGAGCGAAGAUCGCAAUCUCCUUGAGCGCGAGAUGGCCAAAAUGCAAUCUCAAAUGCAACUCGAGAAGAAUCAACGGAGUGAGGCCAGUUCGCACGUCCAAGACUUGGAAGCUCGAAUCCAAUCGCUGACGAGUGAGAAGAACGCCUUGUACGAUCGAGAGCAACUGAAGAUGCGGGAAACGUCCGAGCUAUCCUCACGAUUAGCUGAGGUGGAGAAAAGCAAGGCCAAUCUCGAGCUGGAGCACAAGAGUCUGGCCUCCAAAUACGAUCAAUUGCUAGUCAAAGCUCAAACUGCCAAGGAGAGCAACGAUCUCAUCCACAACCGACAGGAAUCAAAUCUCGAGCAACUCAAAGACUUGGAGGCCAAACUAGCCGAUGAGAAGCAAUUGCGACAACGCAGCGAGGCCAACAUGCAAGAAAAAGACCGAGAAUACCAGAUGCUGGCCGUGGACUAUCGCCAAUUGGAGUACAAGCUCAACAAGUUGGAGGGCGACAAUCGCCAAGAGUCGGACCGCACGCGAUCCUUCUCGUCGCAAAUCGAGCGUCUCCGAGAGGAGAAGUCGCUCUUGCAAUCCGAUUUGUCGGUCCAGGCCUCGGAGAUUACGCUCCUCAAGUCCAACGAGAAACGUCUCAACCGCGACUUGUCCGACUUCCGAGAGAGAGCCAAAUCCCUGGAGGAGGAGCUCAGUAAGGUCAAGGCCGCGCGAUCCGUGGACGAUUUCCAGCGCAAAGAGGUCGAGGACCAACUGGAGGCCGAGCAGUACUUCUCCACUCUGUACAAGACCCAAGUCAAGGAGCUCCAAGACGAGGUGGACGAGUCCAAAGAGCGGAGCACAGAACUGGAGCGCGAGAUCCACUCCCUGCGCGCCCAGCUCACUCAGGACCGUCAAAAGGCCGAGAGCGAGGCGCGAUUGCGCCAAGUGGCCGAGGAAGACAUUGCCGAGCUGGAGAAGGAGAAGAUGAUGAUCGAGCUGGAGAUGAAGGAGAUCGGCUCCAAGCACAAGGCCGACGCCAGGAACAUGGAGAUGCAGCUGGCCUCGCUCAAGGACACCGAGAGUGACCUCCUCCAGAAGAUCGAUCAGUACGCCAAGGACAACUCGGACUUGCAGCGGAAGCUGAACACGCUCAUCGAGCAGCAGCAGGCCGACAUGAACGUGUCGAACGUGCCCGCCCACUUGUCCUCGUCGUCGUCGUCGACGACGACAUCGUCCACGACGACGUCGGCCUCUUCGAAUGCGACCCUCGCCAACAGUGGCAGCAACAACGAAGACCACACGGAUUCCGUGAUGGAGAAGCAGAAGCUGGAAAAGCUCCUGGACCAAGAGCGUUUGUUGAAGCAGCAGGCCGUGAACAAACUGGCCGAGAUCAUGAACCGGAAGGACUUCCAGAAGAAGGACAAAAAGGCCGAGAGCAAGGCCAGCUCGGCUGAGCUCCGCAAGAAGGAGAAAGAGAACCGACGCCUCCAACAAGAACUCGGCGUGGAGAAAGACAAGUUCAACGAGAUGGCCGGCCGUUACCAAAAGGACCUGCAGGACCUGCAAUGCAGUCUCUACGAGGAGAGCCAGGCCAAGCUCAAGCUCUCCAUGGAGCUGGACACGAAGGAGAGCGAGUUGGAGAGCAUACAAAACAAGAUCGCCCACAUGAACAUUGACACGGCCAGUCUGAACUCGGCCCCCGGCGAAAACGACCUCAACGACGGGCUGGAGACCAAUCUCGAGGGCUGGCUCCAAAUGCCGUCCAAACAGAACAUCCGCCGACACGGUUGGAAGAAGCUCUUCGUGAUCGUGUCAAGUAAGAAGAUCAUUUUCUUCAACUCCGAGACCGAGCGUCAAAAUGCGGAUCCAACGCUCAUCCUCGACCUCAGCAAAGUGUUCCAUGUGAGGCCGGUGACUCAAGGGGAUGUGAUCCGUGCCGAGGCCAAGGAGAUUCCCAGGAUAUUUCAGAUCUUGUACGCCGGUGAGGGCGAGUCUCGAAAGCCCGGCGAGCAUGCCACGCCUCCCAUUACCCCGUUCGAGGAUGUCAAGGCUCAAGGUGGACUGAUCAUGAAGAACCACGAGUUCGUGCAGAUAUCCUUCCACAUGCCCGCCUCUUGUGAUGGUUGUGCCAAGCAACUCUGGUCGCCCUUUAGACCACCCCCGGCCAUGGAAUGUAAACGGUGUCGUGCCAAAUUCCACAAGGACCAUAUCACGACCGGUGCCGGCGAACUCGUGCCUCCGUGCAAAGUGAACUACGAGCCCACAGCGGCCAAGGAGAUGCUGCUCAUGGCCACGUCCUCCGAGGACCAACAGCUCUGGGUGGCGCGACUCCACAAGCGCAUCCAAAAGUCAGGCUACAAGGCCACCUCGGGCGACGGAGCCUCGUUGCACGGCGGCGGGAGCGGAGCCCGGAUCUCGCCCCAAGAGUCCAUGCGCUCCACCACCUACCGCCCGCCUCUGUCCACGUCGUCAUCCUCGGCGUCCGCAUCUCAGCAUCUCCAGCAGCAGCAGCAACAACAACAACACCAACAUCAAGCCAAGAGCGCCACUCUGCCCGGAAACACGAGUCUUUCGGGAUCCUCCGUGGGCGGGCCCUCAGUCAAAAAGUGAACCAACUAACCAACCAACCAACCAGAUCUAGAGAUGCGGGUGGACCCUUCUGCUUCAUUCCAGCCACGACUUCAAACAACAAAAUAUUAUGUGCCAUGAUGACCAAUCAACCCCAACCACACCUACAACUACCACGCCACAAAUAUGAUUAUUAAUUAUUAUGAUGAUGAUCGCUCCUUCCCCCGGCUUUCGCUUUCGUUUGGUUUGCUGCUGUGGUGCUCCAUUAGUGAGUGAUGAUUACAUAACCGAGUUUCGUUUUGACUAUAUAAUAUCAAUCAGAUGUCUGUCGUUUAUGUGUGAGGAUGACAGGAGCAAUCUGUGUUGAAGGCCGGCCUCAAAGGCCGCCCGUGUGGUUGUGUGUCUCUCUUCGUCCUGCUCCGCCUCUUGGUCCUCAUCUUGCCUGGGCUUGCUCUUUCGAUCUUUCGAUCUUUCGGUCCUUUCCCCGAGGGAUGGUUGGUUGGAUGAUGCUGAGCUGAUGAUGCGUUGUUGAUGAGCGACUAGAGAAAGAAAGAGUGAGCGGGGAAGGCGAGAUCGACCAAUGAACGAACGAACGAACGAACGAACAAAAUAGUGCUUUGGAAAGAGAGACCCGGAGGA